AUGUUGUUUCUUUGGUCUCUCUUGUGUGCCGCGGCCGGUGCGGUUUCUGUUGAUGAGCUGGUUGGUACCUGGACCACGAAGUCGCGCGAGGUCCUGACGGGCCCAGGAUUCUACGAUCCGCUCAAUGACAGGCUACUUGAACCCAAUCUGACGGGUAUCUCCUACUCCUUCGAUGCGAACGGACAUUAUGAGGAAGCAUACUACCGUGCCCUAGCCAGCCCCAGCGACCCAGCCUGUCCCACGGGGCUCAUGCAAUGGCAGCAUGGAUCCUAUGUUCUGACCGCCGAUGGCUCGCUGACCUUGACUCCCAUCGCCGUCGAUGGCCGCCAGCUCUUCUCGGAGCCGUGCCGACAGAGCAUCGGCAGCUACACGCGAUAUAACAGUACCGAACAUUUCAAAGGCUUCUCGGUGUCCGUCGACCGAUACCACCACGUCCAACGGCUCGACCUGACCCGAGCGGAUGGCCUCAUCCUCCACCCGAUGUACCUGGCCUACCGGCCGCCCAAGAUGCUGCCUACCACCACCUUGAACCCAACCCCAACGGGCCGCCAUAGCAAGCGAGACCGGUCCGAGGCGGGCCUGCAUCGGAUCGUCAAGGAGGAACUGAUCAACCCGGACAGGUGGUGGUGGUUAGGCGUGUGGAUGACUUCCGUGGGAGGCGUGGCUUUCUUUUGUUCGUGA